CCCGAAUGCACAUGCUGCCAGCCCGAUCCUCUUUCAGCUGCCUUCUGCUCUGCGCCUGCAGCGGCGCGUCAGCGCUGGUACUGCCGCCGCGAGCGCCCGGCGUGGUCGCACAGCAUUCGCCGCUUCGCGCUGCCGCCGCUGCUCCGAGCCGACACGCGGCGCCCGUGGCUGCAGAGGAGCGGCGGGGCGGGCUGCCCUUCUUCCUGGACAUAGGAACCAAGGGCGGAAUCGUCUUCUACUCGGUCAUCGGCAUCGUGGCGCCCUUCCUGCUCUACAACUUCCUCCAGGAUCAGAUGGGCAUGGAUGUGGUGGGCGCGGGCAACGUGAUUCUUGUCGGGUACGUCGGGCUGGGGACGGUCGCGUGGACGUCCACUUACGUGUUCCGCGUCGCCAACAAGGACAUGACGUAUGCAAAGCAGCUCCGCGACUAUGAGAACGCGGUGAUACAGAAGCGGUUCGAGGAGCUCGACAACGACGAGGUGUCCGCGCUCAUGGACGAGAUCUACACCGACGGCAGCCGCAAGCCGACUCAGGCCGACGGCUCGACGCCGCCAGCGUGAUUUCUGUACUGUGCCUGUGGACUCGGCGGGCGCCGCAGGAGGGGGGGAUGCUGCAUGUCUAGAGGGCCGCCUGCUCCGCCUGUUGGUUGUGGGCGCCUGUGUGGCGACUCUUGGUGCUUCUCUGCUCCACUCGGCACUCUGGGUCGCGACAGUGUGAGAGAGCGGAGCUCAGCGUGUCAAUCCUCACAAUGUUUUGUGCCGCUCUCUAUCGAGAUAAUCUAAAUAAAUCUUUCUCUCGUCGCCGGGUAUAAAGUUCUACGUUUCUUCGCAACCGUAUAUUGCC